AAUUGUUCGAAAAAUCUAUAUUUUCAGAAAACUUAAAGGAAUCUCCGAAAAAAUUGAUGGUGAAUAUUGUACGAUAUUAGCGUUAAUUACAAAUUUCUAUUGAUUUCAGUUAAAGAAAUUAAUAAAAUGGAUGUCGAUUUGAUUAAGAAGGCGUUAUGUUUUCAUGGUAAACCAAUGCAAAAAAUAUGGGACGACGAAAGGGGAGCUGGUGAUUUGCAGAAAAUGGGUGUGCCCGAAGAUGGAAAUUAUUCGAUUUACAUGGAAAGGCAAAAAUAUUUUACAUUUCAGGAUCGUGCUAAACGUUUAAAAUUGCAUCAAUUUUUGGCCCGUAAAGCCCCGGAUUUGUAUGAUAAUGAUUUACUAAAAAUGUAUUUACUAAGAGGGUCCGCUUUAACGACGGAGGAAAGAGAAAAAGCAAAAUUUUUCGUGGCGCGAGUACCCUCCUAUGAAAUUGUUAUGCCCCAUAAGCAAGACAAAACGAAAAUAUUACGACGCGUCUUAGAGUCAUUACAACCCGGCGAUAUUAUAUACGCAAUAGUGAUACGUUCGAAAAGCUCCAUAUCUUCAGCACCCAUUGUAGUUAAACCUCUAUGCACUGGUGAGCCUUGCGUUCAUAUAUUGAGAGAUUCCAAUAUAAAGGCAAUUAUCCCAAACCAAUUGGUUGGUACUUUGCCGUUAGAUAAAUUAGGUAAACCUCGUUCCAUUUCUACUAAUGAUUACCUUUGCUGCGAAAUGGUGGAAUUCUCCAUAGAUGCUGAUCGUAUGACUUUAAGUUUGGAACACACCAUUGGCAAACACAAAAAUGCUAAAUUAGGCAUAAUAAGCCAGGACGAGUUGCCCUUAAUUUAUCGCAAAACCGUCGAUAAUACCUUAGAUAAAUAUGAAGAAUGUAUUCGAAAAGCCAAGGAAUUUGAAAAUCCUAAUUGCAAAAUUCUGUAUAUAAUGAAUGGUUUAGUUAUCAAUGACACUUUCUCUGUGAUGAGGUCUUUAAAAUGCGAAUUUCCCCGCCCAGAAUAUGCGAAAGAACUAAGACAAAUCCAAGCCAGUAAAUGGGCUUUUAGAUCUGUAGCCGAAGGCAUCGAAUACUUUAAAAUUGGCCAGCAUGUGGAAGCGUUCCAAUGUCUCAAUCGAGCUUUAAACAUAGAUCCACGCAACGUCGAGGGUUUGGUGGCUAGAGGCGCCUUAUACGCUAACAAAGGUUCGUUUCUAAAAGCCGUAGAGGAUUUCGAGAAGGCUUUAAAAUUAAACGCUUACCAUGUAAACGCACGCAAAUAUAUGGGUGAAACAUUGGUGGCUUUGGCCCGGAGUUACGAGGAAGAUAACCGUAUACAAGAUGCUGCUAAAGCUUAUCGCGACUGUUUAAAUAUUAUACCCAAUCACGAACAGGCUCGCCUAUCGCUAGAAGUUAUACAGCAAAGGACCGGAGCUUCAAUAGAACCAUUAUCAAUUCCCGUCUAUGACAGUUCUCAUAAUGUUUCAGAAAGUGAAAAACUUGCGCAAAAACAAAGAGCUAGUCCGCCUUCAUUGUCAAGUAAUGAAUCAAACGCCACCGAAUCCAGCUCAGCCUCAGGAUCUGACAGUUCCGAUAUCCCACAUACUUCAACAUCAAAAAAGGAUAGAUCUUUAUCGCCGCUUAGCAAGAAAAUGGUUUUGCACAGUGCCUCUUUGGAGAAUAGCAAUAAACAACCAAAAUUCAAUCAACCGUUCUACAUGACUCAAACCGUUAGCUCUACCGUUAUACCCAACGAGUUCAAGCUGGAUGAAGAUGAUACUGAGACCCGUGUGCGCAAACUUUUACACGAAGCUUCCAAGCAUAAAAAAGAAAAGAAAAAAUCAAAAAAGAAAAAAAGUAAGAAAUCAAAAAAAAGCUCGAGCAAAAACAAAGAAUCAUCAAAUAUUUUGGAUAAAAUUAACCUCGAGGAAGCUUACAAAUUUUUAGGCAGCGGCUUACAUUUAGAAAGUAAACUUAAUGAAAAUCUUAAACUUUAUGAACAAACCAUAGCUGAAAUCAAGAAAAGACAAGAACUUUUGGAACAAGCCCAGCAAAUAACUAACAACGCAGCAGCAAUUCCUACUAUUGCUGCUGAUACAGCGGUGAAGAAACGUGAAAAGUCUGAAACACCGCCGCCAAGGGCACCAUCUAUGCGCAUAUGCAGCAAUGACGUGACUCCAUCGUCUGCAAAAUCAACGACCUCAACAUCGAGUUUUAAAAUCAUGGGGUUUGGCAAAACACAAGUACCACCGCCACCGCCAUCUAUUAAGCCGGAACCGGCCAAAUUUUCUUUUCAGAUCAAAAAACCAGUUAAGGUCGACAAGUUUGGUUUGGUGCGUUUGGCUACACCAGCUUUGCCUAAAAGUCCCACGCUAUCGCCUGAACGGAGUUCACGUUCGCGUCAUCGCAGUCGUAGUGGUGGACGGCGAAAAUCGCGUUCACAUUCACCGUCGUCGCGAGAACGACGCAGUUCAAGAUACCGACGGCCACGCUCUACAACGCGUUCCCGUUCAUUUUCUCCCUAUAACAAACACCGUUACAGGUCAAGCCGAAGGCGUAUUUCGCGUUCCUUUUCGCGUUCGCGUUCACACUCGCGUCCACAAACUAAGUCUGUAAGACGCCGCGGUGGCGACUAUCGGCGUUCUCCCUCACCAUUUGUACCCAGGGGGACCCCAUCUCCGCGCAGCCGCCACAGACGUUCACCAUCGACGCGUCGCUCCCAUAGAUAUCGAAGACAUAUUUCACGUAGUCCUUCACAUAACCAUUUGCAACCCGCACGCCACACCAAUCGCACUUGGCAACGUCCAGGGUACAAUCCACUUAAGUCGUCAUCAUCAUUCACAUCAAAUUCCAGUAGUAACAAGAAUUCAUCGAACAAAUCAUCAAGUGAACUUUGGUCUCAUGAUAAAUUUGAGGACAAAAAUGAUGGGCCAUCCAUUGAGGAAAUCGAUGAAAUUAUCAAUCGCGCACAAAAAGAACGUAAGGAAGAAAUUAUUAAACGUGAUAAAAAUAUACUCAAAAAAUCGAGCACUGGUAACUUUUGAAAAAAAUUAAAGCAAAAUAAA